GAAAAGUCUGGCGAACCAUAUCUAGAAGAAAGUGCAUUUGAAACAGUGGAAGAAGACUUCCAAGAAGUCAUCAAUCUACUGAAGGGAGAUAAAACUCUGGAAAAAUUCCGAAUAGAAUAUGAGAAGCUCCAUGCUGUUGUGAAGCAGUCUCAUGAAAAUGAAAAGCGUCUCACGGAGAAAUGCACGAAGCUGGCUGCUGAUCUUUUGGUGACCUCAUCUAAAGUAGCUGCGCUCACAAAGCUCAGUAAAGAUGAUGAGGAAACUAUAUCAUCAAUGAAGAAGGAGCUUGAAAAGGCCUGGAAAAUGGUGGAUACAGCCUAUGAAAAGGAACAGAAAGUGAAGCAAACGAUUAAUUCACUGCAAGAGGAAAUUACACGCCUAAAUAAUUUAGGAUCUGGAUUGUCCCCGGGACAGGAAUACAGUAUCCCGGAUUUGCUAAAACUUAAAGAAGGCCUAACAAAGGAGCGAAACCAAGUGUUGUCAGAUGUCAUGAAGUUACGUGAAAGUCUAACUCAAGCCACAGAGCAGCUGCAGGACACAGAAAGGGCAAAAACCAAGGCAGAUGAAUCCAUUAUGCAGCUUCAGCAAGAAAUCCAGCUGCGUAAGAAUGAAGUAUCACGAGAGGCUCGAAAGAAGGAAAAAGUGGAGAAGGAGCUGAAAAAUAUUCUAGCUGAACUGGCUAACAAGAAAGCUGAGAUUAAGAAUUUAGAGCAACAUAUACAGAGGAACAAAGAGGAACAAAUGAAAGUGGAACAGCAUCUAAAAGAACAGAAGAUCUUGAAUGAAAGAGCUGGCAAGGAACUUGAGCAACUUCAGAUGAGAAAUAAUAAGCUCAUGCAAGAGAGUGAGCAGCACAGUGUGAUGAUUAAAGAGAUGAUGCAGAACAUCCAGCAGAAGACAGAAGAACUGAAAGCCAGAGAUGAUGAAGUGACUCAGAUGCGCCUUGAAAUUUCAAAGUUGAACAAAGUAAGAGAUGUUCUCCAGAAUAAGCUGCAUGCUGCAGAGGAACAAAAAGUUGAUGCAGGUCAUGAGAGAGACACUCUAAAACAUCAAAUAUUGGGACUGGAGAGAGAGUUGGAGGCUGCCAAAAAGCAGGCGGAGAUUGACAAGAAAGCUAUAGAUGAGCUUGUGAAGGAAAAGGAUCUGCUAAGCAAGAACUUGGUCAAGGCUACCAAUGCCACUCAGAAGCAGAUAAAUUUGGUGAAGCUCCAUGAACAGUCAAAGAGGAACUUGGAACAAGAAAUCCAAAAUUAUGAGAAAGAAGCUCAGAAAGAAAAGAAGAUUAUUUACCAAUUGGAGAAGGAGAGAAAUUGUUUCAUCAAUGAAACCAGUGAGCUCAAACAGAAGGUCCUCCAGCACCUGAAAGAUAUUGAAAUACAGGAAAAAGAGAUUUGUGACUAUAAGAAGAAAGUAGAAGAGUCUGCGAGUAAAUUAAAAGAGCAACAAAACUGCUGUGAAGCUCUGAGAGUAGAGAACAACCUGUACUGUAAAAAUCUGAUUGAAGCUAAGGAUGGGAUAGCAGAAAUGAAGACGAAACUGACGACUGUGACACAUCAGGUGGAUCAGCUGAAAGAGGAGAUCGCAGAGAAAGAAGCAGCGCUUGUGAAAGCACAUGUAGAACAUCAGAAAACAGAGAAGGAGAAGAAAUCUUUGAAAAAUGAACUGCUUAAGAUGGAAAAACAGGCUUUGGAAACCAAACAGUUUAUAGAAAGUCAGGAGGCAGAAGGGCGAAAACUCCUACAAAUCAUUGCUGAAGCUGAUGCUGAGAGACUGAAGCAGAAGAAGGAAUUUGACCAGGUUGUCAACGAGAGACGUAUCCUAGGGUCCCAGCUUAUUCGGCGCAAUGAUGAAGUGGCUCUGCUCUAUGAAAAGAUAAAAAUCCAGCAGUCCAUCUUAAACAAAGGGGAAGUCCAGUACCGACAGAGAAUGGAAGAUAUCCGACUUCUCAAGCUGCAGUUGAAAAAACGUCAGUGUGAGAAGGGAAUACUUGGCAAGAGUGCGGCUAAUGUGAAGGAGCUCAGACAGAAGGUUCAUCACAUGCAGAAGGAGCUAUUAAAGGAACAGACUCGGUGCAAAGUUUUGGAAGAAGAACUGGAGAAUCCCUUGAAUGUUCACAGAUGGAGAAAAUUAGAGGCCAGUGACCCAGGUACCUAUGAGCUGAUUCAGAAAGUACAGAGACUACAGAAGCGGCUUAUCAGCAAGACACAUGAAGUGACACAGAAAGAAUUGCUCCUUCAGGAAAAGGAGAAACUGUAUGUUGAAUUGAAGCUCAUGUUGUCCCGGAAGCCUGGGCCUGAAGCCGCAGAACAGUUGCAGCACUACCAGUACACUCUCCGAGAGAAAAAUAAACAGCUGAAAGUUUUGUCCUCAGACUUGCAUAGGUAUGAAUCACAGAGCCAAGAAUACAAACGUGAAAUCGAAAGACUUGCCAAUGAGCUUCUGGAUGUGAAAAAGAAAUAUCUGGCUCAGAAACGCAAGGAACAACAGGCCAAGGAGAAGGAGCGAUUCUUGCCUGACAUGGAACCUGAGUUUCCACACCACAGGCCUGCUGUUCCUGGCUUCACCGGAGAGGUCUUUGGUCUCAGCAAACCUCCUCCCAAAGUUACAGCUUAG